UAGUCCUGAAAAACAUGCUUUUGUCUUUUAAUAGUGGCAACCAUGAGUGGAAAAAACUCAUUUUGACUCAGCAUUGGCCUCCAACAGUGUGCAAGGAAGGUAACAGCUGUCAAGACUCUCUGGAUUACUGGACGAUCCAUGGACUAUGGCCUGAUAAAGGAGAAGAAUGUAAUCGAUCAUGGCACUUUAAUUUGGAUGAAAUUAAGGAUCUUUUGCGGGACAUGAAGAUAUACUGGCCCGAUGUACUUCAUCCACAUUCUAAUCGCAGCCAGUUCUGUAUCAUGUUUGAAAAGGAACAUGGACCAUUACAGAACUUUUUUUUGUUUGUUUUCAGUGUACUCCUAAAAUUUGGAAUUAAGCCAUCAAUCAAUUACUAUAAUAUUUCAGAUUUUAAAGAUGUCCUUACCAGAUUCUAUGGCGUGGUUCCUAAAAUCCAGUGCCUCCUGCCAGAAAAGGGAGAAGAAGUGCAAACCAUUGGCCAGAUAGAGCUGUGCUUCACCAAGGAGGACUUGCACUUGCGAAACUGCACUGAGCCAGGGGGGCAGCAGUCCCACAAGUGGGAUGUGCGGCAGGCCGAGGGGGCUGCAGCUCAGGGGAUGGUGGUGUGUGACGAUGGCCCCAUCUUCUACCCGCCCCCCACCAGGACCCCGCAUUGAUGCCCACAUUUUUGAAAUACCCUGUUUUCAAAGGAAGAGAAAGUCACAAUUCACUACUUUCUAAAAUGGACUCUAAAGCCCUUUUAAGGUGUGCUUUGCUUUUUU